GGGGGAGGGGAAGGAAGCGGAAGGAGCCGCCGCCGCCGCGCUGAGGGGAGCAGGCGCUGUGCGGAGCCGCCGCCGCUGACCGCCGCCGCCCGCCGCCCGCCGCCGCCUGGUGCGGGCAGCACGGAGGGAGGGAGCGAGCCGCGCGGGGGCUGCGCGGGGCCGGCCGCCCCCGCCGAGGAGCGGGCGCCAGUUUUCAAAAUCUUGUUAAUGUGAUGGCAUAAACUAGUAAAGAGGCAUUUGGAUUACACCAUGAAUAUCAGCAAUGGUGAUUGAUAUUAUUCGAGUGGUGCAGUGAGAGUCUGUUGUAUGAAAUGUCAGAAGUUUAUAUUUCUUCUAGUUCUGCAAUGGUUUCCCAAUGAGUGGAUCAUGAUGAACAUACUUUAGGGACUUGCCAUAGUAUGGCUGCUUCUCGAUCUACUCGUGUUACAAGAUCUACAGUGGGUUUAAAUGGUUUGGAUGAAAACUUUUGUGGUAGAACCUUAAGAAACCGUAGUAUUGCUCAUCCAGAAGAGGUUUCACCCCAUCCUCAAAUACGGUCAAGGUCACCAAAGAAGAGACCAGAGUCUGUGCAAACUCAGAAGGGAAGUAACGGUGGAAGAACUACUGAUUUGAAACAACAAAGUGCUCGGGAGUCAUGGGUGAGCCCUAGAAAGAGAGGGCUGUCUACUUCAGAGAAAGAUAAUGUUGAUAAACAAACUGUGGAAAAUUGUGAAAAAAAGCAAGCAGAACCUGUUUCACCAGUUUUGAAAAGAAUUAAGCGCUGUCUACGUUCAGAGGUACCCAACAGUUCAGAAGAAGACUUGCCUACUAAACCAGAAAAGGAGUCAUUGGAGCAUAAAAGCUUAGUGUCGGACAAUGAUGCAGUCUCCACAGGGACUAAACGCGCUUGUCGAUGUCUUAUAUUGGAUGAUUGUGACAAAAGGGAAGUUAAAAAGGUGAAUGUCUGUGCAGAAGGAUUUAAUAAUUCUGCAAUAGUUGACGAGAUUGCAAGUUAUCAGACUGUCAACGGCGUUGGUGAGAGAGACUCAAAUUCUCUUAACUGUGAUGACUGUCAGCUUGAUGGGAACACUAAGCAAAACAGUGCUGGUUCCUGUAUGCCCAAGGACAAAACCGUAGCAGAAAAUGGAAAUUCAUUUGCCCAUUCUUCGUUGUUGCUUAAUAGCAGCAAGGAGGACAGUGUUGUAGACCAUUAUGUGCCUUGCACAAACUCUCAAGAACAGGUAAAGUUAGAGGACCACAAAAUAAUAAAUGACUGCUUGCCUGAGGAGCAUGCUAAUCAGGCAGAUGAGCCAGCUACAGGGUCCUUUUCUGAAAUCCAGUCAUCUUUGUUAAGGGAUUCGGAGGAGGAGGUAGAUGUUGUAGGAGAUAGUAGUGCCUCUAAGGAACAGUGUGCUGAAAACACCAAUAGCAACCCGAAUACUCAUCAUGACAGUGCAUCAAUCUCAGGUGAACCUGAACCACAUUCUUCAGUGCUGGACUGUGUAUCAGCUCAAAUGACAUCUAUGUCGGAACUUCAAGAACACAGAUAUACAUUGAGAACUUCACCACGAAGGGCUGCCCCUGUCAGAAGUAGCCCUACUAAAAAUAACUCUCCUUGUAGAGAAAACGGACAGGUUGAGGAAAAUAAUCUUAGUCCCACUGAAAAGAAUGUACCUGUAGGUAUUAAUAAUAUCAAUGGAUCUCCCCAAAAGUCUGAAGAAGUUAAACAGAAUGAAAAAGAGAGAAAUUGUAAUACGGGAGAUCAUGGGAGUGAUGGACUAAGAAAGCCACUAUCUGAGGCUAGGCUUGUUGCUGGGUAUGUACCGUCUGCCAAAGAGAGUGCCAGCAUCCACACUGCGGAGGAUGAUGAGGAAGAGCCUGAUGUGUAUUACUUUGAAUCAGAUCAUGUGGCAUUGAAACACAACAAAGAUUAUCAGAGACUGUUACAGACGAUUGCUGUACUCGAGGCUCAACGUACUCAAGCAGUUCAAGACCUUGAAAGUUUAGGCAGACACCAGAGAGAAGCACUGAAAGAUCCUAUUGGAUUUGUGGAAAGACUCCAGAAGAAGGUCGAUAUGGGUCUUCCAUACCCUCAGAGAGUUGUUCAGCUCCCUGAGAUUGCCUGGGACCAAUACACCACUAGUCUUGGAAACUUUGAGAGAGAAUUCAAAAACCGAAAACGUAACAGUAGGAGAGUGAAGCUGAUUUUUGACAAAGUAGGUAUACCUGCAAGACCAAAAAGUCCUUUGGAUCCCAAGAAGGAUGGAGAGUCUAUUUCAUACUCUGUCUUGCCUUUAAGUGAUGGUCCAGAAGGUUCUACAAACAGUCGUCCGCAGAUGAUAAGAGGACGACUUUGCGAUGAGACCAAACCUGAAACUUUUAACCAGCUGUGGACUGUAGAGGAACAGAAAAAACUUGAGCAAUUGCUUUUGAAGUAUCCACCAGAGGAAGUAGAGUCCCGACGGUGGCAGAAGAUAGCUGAUGAACUGGGAAAUAGAACAGCAAAGCAGGUUGCCAGUAGAGUGCAAAAAUAUUUUAUUAAACUAACUAAAGCUGGUAUUCCGGUUCCAGGAAGAACUCCAAACUUAUAUUUAUACUCCAAAAAGUCAUCAAGUAGACGGCAGCAUCCUUUAAAUAAACAUCUUUUCAAACCUUCAACUUUCAUGACAUCUCAUGAACCUCCAGUUUAUAUGGAUGAAGAUGAUGACAGAUCCAGUUUUCACAGCCAUAUGGAUACUGCAGCAGAAGAGGAAGUAUCGGAUGAAGAAAGUAUUCCAAUAUCGUAUCGAGAGUUACCUGAAUACAAAGAACUGUUAGAGUUUAAAAAAUUGAAGAAACAGAAACUCCAGCAAAUGCAUGCAGAAAGUGGAUUUGUGCAGCAUGUGGGGUUCAAGUGCGAUAACUGUGGAAUUGAACCUAUCCAGGGUGUUCGGUGGCACUGCCAAGACUGCCCUCAAGAAAUGUCGUUGGAUUUCUGUGAUUCUUGUUCGGACUGUCUGCAUGAAACAGAGAUUCAUAAGGAAGAUCAUCAGUUAGAACCUAUUUACAGAGCAGAGACAUUUUUAGACAGAGACUACUGCAUGUCCCAGGGCACCAGUUACAAUUAUCUUGACCCAAACUACUUUCCAGCAAAUAGAUGACAUGGGAAGCAGAUCUACCAUCUUGGGCUUACUAUCCUCUUUGAAAAAUAACAAUGGCACCAUUGUUAAUUCUGUGCACAUUUUGGAAAGACUCUGCUUUCCCUGAAAUGUCGCUCACAGCAUGACAGCUUCCUGGGUGUACUUGUCAAACUACAGCUUUGAGCUGUCAUGGUUCUAGAUCACUGAACAGCAGCUGAACAUUCCUAGUGUGCAGAAGGUUUCACUGGGAGACUUUUCUUUCACCACAUUAGUCAUUUUUAGGUGGUGAAUCUAAACACAAAAGAAAAACAUACAAAAGGGUGAGCCAGAAAUGGGAGCACACAUUAAAGAUAGAGUAAAUUCCAAAGGCUUUGAAGAACUUGGUUAUAAUGAGAUUCAGAGGAGAUGAAGUAUUUAUAUAAAAACAGUUUAGUAGCUUGCAGUUUUGUUGUGAAAAUAGUUUUCAGCACAGUAACUGACUUCUUUAGGCAAGGUUUUAACCAAUGACAGUGUUUGCUUCUAGGAUGUACUCUAAAAAAUACUCACUGUCUCAGCGAUGGUCGGUUACAGGCCUUUAUUAAAUUGGAGCUGCUUAAUCACAUUGACUUUCAAGUUUUUUAGUUUUUUUUUUUUUUAAAACCACAAUGAACUCUAUUUACCAACAGUGAAGCACUACAGGGGGCAACUGUGGCAUUGCUUCCUUAACCAGCUCAUGGUGUGUGAAUGUUAUAAAAUUGUCACUCAGAUAUAUUUUUUAAAUGUAAUGUUAUAUAAGAUGAUCAUGUGAUGUGUACAAAAUAUGGUGAAAAGUGCCAGUGGUAGUAACUGUGUAAAGUCUCUAAUACUCAACAUUAACUCCUUUAAAAUAAAAUACACAGCCUUCUGCCUCUGUAUUUGGAGUUGUUAGUGCAACUCAUCAAAGAAAACUGCCUAAUAUAAAUCAUAUAUAUGGUAAUAAUUUUUCCUCUUUUGUAGUCUGCACAAGAUCCAUGAAAGAUUGUAUUUUUAUUACUAUUUAAACAGUGAUUAAAUUUAGCCUGAGCAGUGAGCAAGGGUUCACAUGCAUUCUUUUAUACUGCUGGAUUUUGUUGUGCAUCAUUUAAAACAUUUUGUAUGUUUCUUCUUAUCUGUGUAUACAGUAUGUUCUUAAAUAAUGUUCAAUUGUCAGGAGAACUGUGAGAAAUAAACUAUGUGGAUACAGUCUGUUUAUAUAUAGAA